UCUUAAAGCUUAUUUUGGGUCACUUCCUCUAGGUCUCCUUCAUUUCUAUAUCUGCAGAUAAACUACCUUAGCCUUAGACCCUUGUCUUUGCUCUAAUUUCCAAGAACACAAGAAAAAAAAAGGCUGAAGCCACAACAAAGAAGAAACUACUAGCAUUCAUAUAGAAUAGAAGGAGCAAUUACAACCAAACGAAAAAAGGGUCAUUAGAUCAAUAUAGUGUAGAGAUGGGAAGACCCCCUUGCUGUGACAAAGUAGGGGUGAAAAAAGGGCCAUGGACUCCUGAAGAAGAUAUAAUGUUGGUCUCUUAUGUUCAAGAACAUGGUCCAGGAAAUUGGAGGGCAGUUCCCACUAAGACAGGAUUGCGGAGGUGUAGCAAGAGCUGCAGGCUAAGAUGGACUAACUACCUUAGGCCAGGAAUAAAGAGGGGUAGCUUCACAGAUCAAGAAGAGAAGAUGAUUAUCCAGCUACAAGCUCUUUUAGGCAACAAAUGGGCUGCAAUAGCUUCGUAUCUACCAGAGAGAACAGACAACGACAUUAAAAACUACUGGAAUACACAUCUAAAGAAAAAGAUGAAAAAUCUUGAAGAAAAAUGCUCUGGAGAUGAUGAUCUAUUCUCAGUAGAAAAUGGCCAUAAUUUGUCAUCUACAAACUCAACCUCUAGGGGCCAAUGGGAAAGAACACUUCAAGCUGAUAUAAACAUGGCCAAAAAGGCUUUACAUAGUGCCUUGUCACUGGAAAACUCAACCCCAUAUAUCAAACAAGAAACCCCAGCCCCAGUUUCUACCUAUGCAUCAAGUACUGAGAAUAUAGCCAGAUUGCUACAAGGAUGGAUGCGAAGUUCUUCCACAAACAAUUCUGAGAAUUCAAAAACUUCAUCUAAUAACAUUGCCACAACUGAUUCCUCUUCCUGUGAUGGGACUCCAAGUGCAGAAAGCAAAGGUGGAAUGGUGUUAAUGGAAGCGUUGGAGUCACUUUUUGGGUUGGAGUCAUUUGAACCGUCAAGUUCAGAUCAGUUGUCUCAAACAGCAUCACCUGAGGGUAGUAAAUUUCAAGUUGAAAUCAAGAAAGAAGAGAAUACUAACUCACAACUGCCCUUGUCCGUUAUGCUAGAAAAUUGGCUGCUUGAUGAAAAUACCAUUCAAGGGAAAGACGAUUUGACUAGCUUCUCUUUUGAUGAAACUGCUGACCUUUUUUAGAAGGAUUUUAUUUUGUUAUAGUAGAAUUCUUUUGAGGGAUUCCUAAAAAUUUGAAUGCUCCAUCUCUUCAUUUUUUUUUUUUGGCUAAACGUACUCUCAUUUUUUUGGAGGCAUAUCUGUGGCAUCCCCAUUUUGUUGUCUGGUAUGGCGUGCUUAACAGUGUACAUUUAAUCCAUUCUUACAUUGACUAGUUCAGCCAAGAGUUGAGUUCUUUUACCA